AUGAAACCAUCUCCGAUUUCAAAGGUUAAAUGCCGAGGUAACUUUUUUAGAUUGCCUGAUUCUGUGAAUAUAAACAAGGUUUUUGAGGGAUGCACUAGUAAAAACUGGUUUCUGUAUGCCGAUUUGGCAAGAGUUGAGAAGGGUGGUGAGUUCAUGGCUAUAAUGGCUGCUGACCAAACAGAGAUUGCAAGUGAUUCAGCCGUACUUGUAGAUGAGCAUAACAAGGGUCUAACUCUCGGAGAAAGUUUGGAAACCAAAGUUGUUGAGAAUAAAACAAAGAAGAGGAAGAUGGAAAGUUUGGAUGAUAAAAAAAGCCGAAAGAAAUCCAAAAUUAAUCUCGAUCAAUCUGCUGUUGCUACGACUUCUUCAGGAGAUGUUGUGGAUGAGAGUCAUGAGUUAGGUGGGAAAGUACAGCUUGAAGAUGAUAUUCUUGCAGGUGCAUUACUCAAAGACAUUGAAAACGGCGAGAAAAAUGGCAUUAGUAUGGGAGAGAAUCAGCAAUCUUCUGAUGCAGACAUGCUAUGCCAAGAGAAAUCUAUCACAAAUAAUUCGGAGCUUGUAGAAGGGUAUACCAGGGAUGAGGCGAAGUAUGUGCAAGCUAGUCAAACUCUUAAAGAAGUUCCAAGCGAAAAGAUUGAUGAUCUUACGGGAGCUACUUUUGAAAAUACUGGAAAUGUGGAUCGUGUUGAUGCUACUUUUGAAUCUCUUGCAGUCUCGGAAAGAGGAAAUAUUGGCAAUCCUCUUGCACAAGCAAUACAGAAAGAAAAUGAGAUGGGUGAGAAGAUUGAUGAUGACGUGGGAAUCGGAAGAGCUAUAUCAAGUGCUGCAGAUUAUAUCCAAACCGAUAAUAUUGUAAGCUACCCGGAAAAUCAGUUGGGGGUUAGUAGUGGUUUGACAACCGGUACAGUUACAGAGAAGAAGAAAAGGCCAAAGAAGUCCUCAAAGGAUCACGUCAACCAGUCUACUACUACUACAAUUUCAAGAGAAAUUGUUAAUGAGAGGGAAAAGGUAUCUGGAAGCAUAGAUCAUGUUGAUGCUACUUCUGAAGUUUUUCCUGACUUGAGAGGAGAAAACCCUGUCACUCUCGUAGAAACAAUACAAAAUGAAAAUGAGAUGGGUUACAAAUUUGUUGAUAAAGUGGGAAGUAUAGGGACCACACCUAACGGUGCAGAUGAAAUACAAGCUGAGGAAAAUGUACAAGUUGCUGAUUUGGCGACCACCCUGCCUGCCUUAGUUCAGGAAUCUAAAACUUUAGACCACAUUGGGAAAUUCUCGGAUGAUAAAAGAACCCCUGAACAUGAUGUUGCUAAGGGAAAUGGUGAAAUAGAUGCUGAUGAGGCUAAAUCUGUGAAGUCUACGAAGAAGAAAAAGUCGAGAGAAACCAAAACCGCUAACGGUGCAGUUGAAAUACAAGCUGAGGAUAAUGUACAAGUUGCUGAUUUGGCGACCACCCUGCCUGCCUUGGUCCAGGAAUCCAAAACUGUGGACCACAUUGGGAAAUUUACAGAUGAUAAAAGAACCGCUGAACAUGAUGUUGCCAAGGAAAAUGGUCAAAUAGAUGCUGAUGAGGCUAAAUCUGUGAAGUCUACAAAGAAGAAAAAGUCGAGAAAAACARAAACCCCUAACGGUGCAGAUGAAAUACAAGCUGAGGAUAAUGUACAAGUUACUGAUUUGACGACCACCCUGCCUGCUGUAUUCCAGGAAUCUAAAACUUUAGAUCACAUUGGGAAAUUUACGAAUGAUAAAAGAACCGCUGAACAUGAUGUUGCGAAGGACAAUGGUGAAAUAGAUGCUGAUGAGGCUAAAUCUUCUACAAAGAAGAAAAAGUCGAGAAAAACAAAAACCCCUAACGGUGCAGAUGAAAUACAAGCUGAGGAUAACGUACAAGUUGCUGAUUUGGCGACCACCCUGCCUACCUUGGUCCAGGAAUCCAAAACUGUGGACCACAUUGGGAAAUUUGCGGAUGAUAAAAGAACCGCUGAACAUGAAGUUGCUAAGGACAAUGGUGAAAUAGUUGCGGAUGAGGCUAAAUCUGUGAAGUCUACGAAGAAGAGAAAGUCAAGAAAAGCCCAAACCUCAGCUAUGGAAGAUACUCUGGUUGAUUCUGGUCUACAGAAUGUUGAACCUUUCAAAGUUGUUGACGGAGAAGGGCCUGAUAAUGUCAUCAGAAAUGUAUUAGAUUCUUUGCAUCAAAGGAACGAAGCUCAGGGGAGUUUGGACAAAACUGAGAAAAAAGCAAGCAAGAGAUCAAAGAAGAGACUCUCUUCGAACAUUGUGGAGUCCCAAGUAUUGCCAGUUGAGGUAAACAAUGCUCAAGAGGCAGCUCCUCCCUUCAACAACCCAGAAAACACUGAUGCAACAUGGAUGCCAGUUAAGAAAGAUACCGAGAGCAAUGGUCCGCGUUUAAAAAAGCAUAUUGAGGUCGCAGAUAAUAAUGAGGAGUAUAACCUCUCCCAGCAAACUCAAAAAGAGAAGGCUAAUAUGGCAGACAAUUUUGGUUCUCGCCAAAAGGAGGAUACUGUUGUUGGUAAAAAGAAGCAAGAUAAAGUGACCGGUGGAGCUAAAUCUAAAAAGGAGAAGAAAAGCCUUGAUUUACAUCCUGGUGGUUCCAUUGAUGGUUCAUUGAGCUCAAAGAAACCGAAAGAGAGAAGCAGUAAAGUUCAACCAGCUAGUUCAGGUACUAGCCAUUUGAAGUCAAAGCUUAAGAAUGACCGAAGCGGAUCAAAGGUUGAUGAUUCCAUUACAUCCGUGAAAAAAAACGCUAAUCCACUCACAGUGAAUAAGAAUAAGUUGAAUUUCUUCAAGGAUGCUGAGGAGUGGAAUUCUUUAGAGGAUGAAUUUAAGAGGACUUCUCCACAUGUCUCCACUAAAACACCACCGGAUAGUUCAUCGGACGAUGAUAGUGAUGUGACUUCUACGUCUAGGAAGCAAGGAAACAAUGUGCCUGGUGCAACAAAUGAGUUUACGGGGAGCCUGCAAGAUAUCCUGAGAAGCUCAAGAAGUUACAAGAAGGCGAAAGAGACAGCUUCUCAAUAUAUGUCCGAUGACGAAAGCCCUGCGAUAGAUAUCGUCCCAGAUAGCCAAGCCAACUAA